CGCCAUUUGCCGCCGAUGAGCGUGGACGCAGGCUGAUCUCGGAAGAGCUUGGUGGCCAGACUCUUCCGCGCGCGCUACCCGACCUCCAGCUUCGGCUUCGUCCUGCGCGGUCCUUCGUGUCGUCGUCCCUCAGAGCAGUCACCGCCACCGCUGCCUCCCCCCGGAAAAAAGUCACAGACACCGCGAGGCCACCUUCACCAUGCCCAAAAAUAAAGGUAAGGGAGGUAAAAACAGACGCAGAGGUAAGAAUGAGAAUGAAUCUGAGAAAAGAGAGCUGGUAUUCAAAGAAGAUGGACAAGAGUAUGCCCAAGUAAUCAAAAUGUUAGGAAAUGGAAGAUUAGAGGCAAUGUGUUUUGAUGGAGUGAAGAGGUUAUGUCACAUCAGAGGGAAAUUGAGGAAAAAGGUUUGGAUAAAUACUUCAGACAUCAUAUUGGUUGGUCUCAGAGACUACCAGGAUAACAAAGCUGAUGUGAUUUUAAAAUACAAUGCAGAUGAAGCCAGAAGUCUGAAGGCAUAUGGGGAGCUUCCAGAACACGCUAAAAUCAAUGAAACUGAUACAUUUGGUCCUGGAGAUGAUGAUGAAAUUCAGUUUGAUGACAUUGGAGAUGAUGAUGAAGACAUCGAUGAUAUCUAAAAAACCUGGACAUUGUACAUUCCAGCUUUUCUCAAAAUUGUCCUGCAAUUUGGAUUUUGGCCAUCAAAAAGGAGAUUAAAAUCUCAUUAGCAUGAAUACAA